GCAUUUUGUUUCCUCUUAGCUACUAUGACCCCCACCUUCCACACUAUUCCCACUACACACUGAAACAGAACUCUUACUAACAGUGCAAAACAGUCCAAGGCCUUUGAGUCCGGAACUGCUUUUCUCGUGUUCUUCAUUCUUUAGCAUUGUACUGGUUACUCGGUGACUCGUUAUUCUUUCGUUACGUUAAUACAAAACUUGUCUUGGUCUUAGGAUUCCCUCUUUUAUCCUUGAACUAUCCACUGUCAUUUAUCAUCUAAGGCUUUUUGUGUUUUUUCUGUUCUGGGGUUUUUCAUUGUUUUAGAAUUUUUUGGAUUAUUUUGUUACUUUACUGCUUUUGCAUCCUCGUUUACUCAUCUCACAUUUAUUUUUUUUUUGGUAUAAAAAACAUGAUUCACAAGUUUGACAAAGACAUAUUCGACUUGGCUGUUACUGGUGAAGACUGUUUCGUAGCAGGUUUCUCCACCGGCCAUGUUGGUGCUUAUCAGUGGUCCAUGGAAACAAAGUCUGUGGUAGAGCUUUGGUCAACAAAAAGACACAAACAAAGCUGCCGGUCUGUUUCUGCCAAUCGCUCUGCCAACACAAUCCUCACUGCUGGUUCUGACAAAGUGAUAAAGCUUGCUGCAUCUGAAACCGGCCGUGUCUCGGCCAAAUGGUCCGCUUCCACAGCCAGCGAAGCUGGUACUUCUGGAGAAGCAUACAGUGUAAUCCAAUGGCUCAAUAACGAUAUUUUCGUUACUGGUGAUGAUGCUGGACAGGUGGGAGUUUGGGACAGUCGAACGAAAAAAGGUGUGAUUCGCUUGCAUGAUGAUCACAUUGAUUACAUUUCUUCCAUAACUCCUUUCGACGACCGGUACGCUGUCGUCACAAGCGGUGAUGGCACGCUUUCGGUGAUCGAUGCCCGUAAUCCCAAGAAGACAGUCGUUAGCGAAGACCAGGAGGAUGACUUAACUUGCGGAUCCUUUGUACGCACAAAUCAUGCUCACAAAAAAUUUGUUGUUGGAACGGCUGCUGGCGUCGUUACAUUGUUUACUAAAGGUGACUGGGGAGAUCAUACUGACCGUAUCCUGUCGCCUCUGCCUCGUUCACAACAAUGGUCAGUCGACCAGAUGGUUCAGGCAGACUCGGAUUCCGUAUUUGUUGGAGGAGGUGAUGGAGCUGUUCGUCUGCUUCACAUUUUGCCUAAUCGUUAUGAACGAGUGAUCGGCCAACUGGAAAAGGAUGCUGGUGUCGAUACUUUAACAAAGAGUGACGAUGGUCAAUAUGUACUCGCUAGUAGCGGAUCUGACUUGGGCAUUUGGAAGUUUGAAGAAGAAUCCGAAUCAGAGUCUGCGCCAAGCUCAGACUCAGACUCAGGUUCUGAUUUGGAGACGGAGUUGUCUCAGGAAAAACAAAACCCGUCUUCCAACAAUGAAGGUUCCGAACAGGAAGAGGAUUCUUCCGACAGUGACUUUGAUGAGCCCACGAAGAAGAAGCCCAAGAAACGCAAAACGAGCAAGCCACCUGCACGAGAUUUAGUGAAGACAGACUUCUUUAAUGACAUGUAACAUGUGUAGUUCAACGAUGUCAUAGGGAAACUGAGGUCAAAUCAGUGAAUGUACGGUAAAGCAUUACGAAAACGGCCACAGAGCCUUACUUCCAAAACAUUCUGUUAUUUUCCGUAUUAUCUUCCUCCAGGCCAUCACCACUUUUUGACUUCUUAAGAAAAAAAAAUGUUAAUUCUAGCUACUCAAAGUAACCUACAAAUGCUAUGUAGAAA